AGCAAGAUGAAGAAAUAGAAAAAUGAUAAUGAUCGACUUUACACGUCCACAUAACAACGUCGAGGUCGGAGAUCAAGGGACUGAGUAAUUGGCCUGGAAAACAUUCAUUUGUAUCCAAAGUUUUCAUUCUCAUACAAGAACAAUUAAACCUCAAAAUACCCUCUCAUUACCGAAAGAGGUAAUGCUGUGAGUAAUCCGGUGACCCAAUUGGUUCUUUUUUUUCCCUCGAUAUCUUCUUAAAUAUGAACCUUCGACAAUUGCCACUACGGCAAAUAGAGCGAUAUCUUCAACGUUACUCGAGUCCAUUCACUCCUCAAUUGGUACGAUCCAUAUCGACGACACGCUCUUCUCCUCGAUUCUCGUCUCGCCCACGCCAUACAAUUCCAGAAUGUAAACCAAUUUCAAAAUCCGCACGCACAUACUCUACGACUGUGCCAGCCUCCGACCUUCUCUUCGGCCAACCCGUUCACGAAACCCACCCGCACCUCCUCAGACCCGGAGAGCUGACGCGCGGUAUUACUGCCCAGGAAUACCACGAGCGUCGCGCCGCUCUAUGUCAUUCCCUUCCACCCAAUUCCGCCGUCCUUCUUCCCUCAGCAACCCUCAAAUACCGUUCAGGCGCCGUGUUUCACAACUUCCGUCAGGAAUCCAACUUUCUCUACCUUACUGGCUUUUCAGAGCCUGAUUCCUUGGCUAUAUUGAGGAAAACUGGCAGUGAAUUAGGCGAUUAUACUUUUCACCUGUACUGCAGACCAAAGGACCCUAAAAAAGAGCAAUGGAAUGGGCCCUGGAGUGGUGUCGAUGCAGCAAGGGACGUUUGGAAUGCGGAUGAGACUGGAGAUAUUGCCCAAGUUCAGAGCCUACUAAUUGAUGCGCUCAAGGGCGUCAAGAAUCUUUUCACCGAUGCGGAAUUGGCUCAGAAUGGUGCUUCCACAAGAAUUGGCGAUCUUGUGCGCUCCGCAGCUCCACAUGCGGCUACCCCUCCUUUAAAGUCCUAUGUCAAUAAUCUACGCGCCGUCAAGUCCUCCGCUGAAAUUGCCAACAUGCGACAUGCGGGGCGUGAAUCCGGCCGGGUCCUGACGGAUGCCAUGCGCCAAUCGUGGAAGUCCGAAAAGCAGCUCGCCGCGUUUCUCGAAUAUGGAUACCAAAAGUCUGGCCUAGAUGGCCAAGCCUACAUCCCCGUAGUAGCUGGCGGGUCUAAAGCAUUGCUGAUCCACUAUGUCCUCAACAACGGCAUGCUGAAUGAUUCCGAAUUCGUCCUCGUUGACGCAGGCGGGGAGUACGGAACGUACAUUACAGACAUAACAAGGACAUGGCCUAUCUCUUGCAAGUUCAGUCAGCCACAGAAAGAUCUGUACAAUGCCGUUUUGCGUGCCCAGCGGUCGUCUGUCUCUCUAUGCCGCGCUAGCGCCAAUGUCACGCUAGACAAGCUGCACCAAAUCACAGAAAAUGGACUCCGCGACCAACUGCAGCAACUCGGCUUCGACCUGAGCGGAGACGCCAUGAGCAUUCUGUUCCCCCACCACGUUGGCCAUUACAUCGGGCUAGAUGUCCACGACGUGCCAGGCUAUCCCCGAAACGUGAUUCUGAAGGCCGGCCACUGCAUUACCAUCGAGCCCGGCAUCUACGUGCCGGACGACGAGAGAUGGCCCAAGGCCUUCCGGGGUCUAGGCAUCCGUAUCGAGGAUAGCGUGUGCGUCGGUGAUGACGACCCCCUCAUUCUUACUACUGAGGCCGUCAAGGAGGUCGACGACAUUGAGGCUUUGAGUUGGUAGAAGAUAUAACCCCCCAACAAACGAAUCCGGAAAAUCUUCUCCGUGAAAGCACCCAUUAUUCAGACGCCCCAAGAAAGACGUGGUUGUAAGAAUACAGCAUAUUGGGUGAAAAAUUGGCGGUUCAUGCAUUUUACAUGUGAUACCAGGAGUUACGAAAGCAUGGUGGUAUGCAGGUAUCUACCUACCUACUUACAUGUAGGUGCAUAGGUAACCUAGAUGAUGAUUGAUGAUGGAUGUAUUAACGCUGGGUAGGGGAAUGGAAGGAAAAAACACUCUACUACAUGAUAUAUAAACCUGCCUGCCUUGGUGCUGCAGAUAGAUGCAGUACCAAGCACAUAUCAAGACAGAAAAAACAGGAAUAAGAAGCCACUCUUGAUAAACCAGA